AUGUUCGGACGCUUCUUCAAGAACAAGGAGGACGGCAAGAGCGGGCCCCCUGGCCAUCAACGCCAGGCUGGCCAGAACGGCGCGGCCGACGAGCCCCCGGCCGGCGGAGGCUUCUUCAACCUGCCGCCCCCAGUGUCCAAGCCUUACGGCGGUCAGAGUGCGGCCGGCCCCAGCAAUCCCCCCCAGUAUGGAGGCUACGGCGGCGCUCCGCCGGCUGCUAUGCCGCCUCCGCAAACGAGCGGCAGUUUGUUUAGUGGCUUGGAUGUGGCACCGAGCGCUCCGGCACCAAUGGCUCCACCUGCGCAUGAUGACGGAGGUGCGGGAGGUUUGACGAUGCCGACUUACGGUGGAGAGCAGCCGCGGAAGUCGACGAGGAGCUCGGGCUCGUUUAAUUAUCAGGAUGUGGCGGCGUCGGCGGGGGCGGAGACAUUGAGCUCGUCGCAGUACUCGCGAACGAGCGCGACUAGCAGCACGGGCACAUCAGUAUCGCGCGCGAGCUCCAAGGCUGGGGUGAAGAAGAAAAAGAAGAAAACCUUCCGCCCCGGAUUCGGUCGCCAACUUUCUGAUGAAUCUGCGGCGGCGCUGCAGCGUGGAGAUCUGAAGGAGGACGAUGUCAUUCAGCAGCAGCGGGAAGGACGUCUCAACUCGGACCGAUCGGACAGCUCGCGCAGCACGCGUAGUGUGACAGGCCCGACGGAUUUGGCUCAUUUGUUGCCGCCGGUGAAAUCUGGGUCGGUGCUGCAAGGGCUGACUGUUCACAAGGGAACUACUCCGUCCGGUGGUGGUGUUCUGGCUGGCCUUACUGUCCACACAUCGGCUUCUCCCUCCCCUUCGCCACCGAAGCCUUCAGUAUCUGUGGAGUCAGGAUCUGCUGGGAAUGGCGUCCUGUCAGGCCUGACCAUCCGCAGAACUACGAGCAGUGUCGCUGGUGACGACGCUACUGAAGAAGUCAAUGACGUGCCUGUCGAAGAACCUCCUGCUCCCGAGGUCUACAAGAAGCCGUCGCGUCCCGUUAAGGCUGCGCCUGCCACCCCCGAAGAGCGGUUGUUCAACACCCUGAGUGAUUUUCAUGAGAGCGCUGUCAGCUUCCGACAGCUUACGGUCAAGCAGAACGAGGAAGAAAACCGUCUUUUGGAGCGGAAGGCGCAGCUUGCGAACCAGCUGACCCAG